AUGGCUUUUAGACCUAACCUCAUUCUCGCUUCGCUUUCCCCAAACCCAUGCCGGCUAGGUGGAGAGACCGGCUUUCGCGAAGGCGGUCGCAUGAGCGACGAAGAACUCUACGUGAUGAUCGUAUCCAACAUGGGAUCAUUCUACAGGCGGCCCAGAAGGUGUCUCUAUGGGAGAUUAAACGAAUUCCCCCACGGUGCUCCUUUGGCAAAUCAGAGUUUCAAAUUGGAUCACGCAAGAAAAUCAGCCGCAGGCAUACCCGAGGAUCGUCUACCCUUCCAUCCGCCACAAGUCUCCUAUGCUUGA